AUGAGGCAGCAGAGCGCGCGCACGGGCGCGCUCGUCCUGUGCAUCCUGUCCUACCUGCUGGUGGGCGCCGCCGUCUUCGACGCGCUCGAGUCCGAGGCGGAGAGCGGCCGCAAGCGCCUGCUGGCCCAGAAGCGGGCCGAGCUGCGGAGGAAGUACGGCUUCUCGGCCGAGGACGACCGCGAGCUGGAGCGCCUGGCGCUGCAGGCCGAGCCGCACCGCGCCGGCCGCCAGUGGAAGUUCGCCGGCUCCUUCUACUUCGCCAUCACCGUCAUCACCACCAUCGGGUACGGCCACGCCGCGCCGGGCACGGACUUGGGCAAGGUCUUCUGUAUGUUCUAUGCGCUCCUGGGCAUCCCCCUGACGCUGGUCACCUUCCAGAGCCUGGGCGAGCGGCUGAACGCGCUGGUGCGGCGCCUCCUGCUAGCGGCCAAGCGCUGCCUGGGCCUGCGGCGGCCGCGCGUGUCCACCGAGAACAUGGUGCUGGCCGGGCUGCUGGUGUGCGCGGCCACCCUGGCCCUUGGGGCCGCCGCCUUCGCGCACUUCGAGGGCUGGACCUUUUUCCACGCCUACUACUACUGCUUCAUCACCCUCACCACCAUCGGCUUCGGCGACUUCGUGGCGCUGCAGAGCGACGAGGCGCUGCAGAGGAAGCCGCCCUACGUGGCCUUCAGCUUCCUCUACAUCCUCUUGGGGCUCACGGUCAUCGGCGCCUUCCUCAACCUCGUGGUCCUGCGCUUCCUCGCCGCCAGCACCGACGCGCCCGGGCGCGCUGCCCGCCGCGCCGGCCCGCUCCGCCUGGGGGCGCCCGAGAGCCGCGGCCCCUCCUGGGCCCGCCCCGGGAACCCCCCCUCCGUCUCCUACCGCAUCCACCAGCUGGAGGUGUGGGCCCGCGACAAUCUGGGCUUCUCGCCCCCCGCGAGUCCCGGGGCUGUGGGCGGCGGCAGGGCAGGCAGGCCCCCGGCCCGGCGGAAAUCCAUCUGA